AGGUAUGAAGGGUAUGGCUAUGUGGUAAUAUUACUCAAUGGAUACAAUUCAUUUGCUUCUCUACAUUCUUAUUUUAACAGGGUACAUAGUUUUAAGUCAAUCAGAUCUGUGCUCGUACGACGAGAGCACAUCGUCACAGUAUGUGAACUGUCUAUCAAUAACGCAGCUGCCGCCCUAUGCUUGCGAGAGCAAUGGCGGAGUCGAACCCAAUUCUCAUCAGAUUCACAUACUGGAAACAGAUCUCGAUCGCAUGGAGUCGUAUAACGCCUCAACUCCGCCGGAGAUAAUAGUGGUUAUAAAGCCGUGGAAAGGGUUAAUUCCCGACACUUCUCAGACCAUCGUGUUGGUGUUCCACGCUUUUGAACCUGUAAUCUGGAAGGUGUUCAGCGAACACUUUCCUGUGGGAACCAACUUUAUUAUAAAGAGCUCGCACCCUUUAAUAAUAGACCCGACCUCUAUCCUUGUUAAAACCCAAGUGGAGCUCAUAUCCAUUCUGCCGAAAGACAGCGAAUCAGUGAUCAGGACGAUAGAGUCGCUGUUUGAUCAGAGAGUGACGAGUUUUAGUGGUUUUCACGAGGGUUCCCGGAUCGUAUGGUCCGUUGGACCAGGAAAGCCGGGUGACGACAGUCCGUGCACGAUUAUGCCACUGUCUCUAACUCAGCGUAUCCAGAUAUUUAAAGAGAUACCAGUACCUACCAGUGGUUGUACCGUCCCUCCUGGACUCGGCUACAACACGCACAUAGUGGAUAUUGGGUCGACCCAUGAUUCAGACUUUGCUUCCACUUGGAGGAGGCACGUAGCAACGUUAAUAGUUAAAAGUAAAGUCUAUAAUGAGGAAUUCUACGGUAGUAAUGUAGUAAUUAUACUGAAAAGUAAAAAGUCGAUAGAGUGGACGAUUGAUACGAGUGCUAUGGAUGGUCGGGUGAUGGUCGUGACUAACGGCAAAUCACAAACGCCAAACCAGUCGAAUCUCAACAUUAACAUUGUUGGUAUCAACGAUCUGCCGGACAGACCUCCCCAAGAGUUUAUUGAUUAUGUUUCUAGAACUUAUGGAGCGGUCGCGUCGUAUACAAAAGCAGAGAUAGCGAAUCAAGUGGUGAUCGAAGUGCCAGAAGUGGUAAUUCAUACGAGCCACACGAACGUUACGGAGCCACCUCGAACCGAGCCCCCUCCUGACAUUGACGAAAUAGUGGCUGCCAUAGACGGCCAAAAAACGGUGAACUGUUAUCGAGCGAAAGUGACAGUCUCCUGGUCUCUAAUGCUCCUGGAGAGGCUUUCUGUUGAGGAUGUUUACUUCACAGAGGACACCCAGGGUACAGAUGACUGUGGUCUCCAGAUGAUAGCUUCUCAGGGAACUCUGCUCAGUAGUUACGAUCAGUGUGGUUUUACUGCCACUCAUCACGAGUAUUCCAGUGUGUACGAAUCUAAGAUUACUGUGGUGUUAAAAGAUGGUCGUAGUCGGGAGAUUAGCGUUCAAUGUCGUAUCUAUAAUACUACGAAGAUCGAAAAGGCUUCAAUCGACAGUUUGUAUCGGUUGUCUAUAUACGACAACGUUGAUUUCGAGACGGAGAUUAAAUCCUUCAAUGUAACUGACAAUGGUUAUGUCUACUUUAAAGCUAAUUUGGAAGAAAUCGGCGACCCCAGCAUGUCAGCAGUUGUGGAAGAGUGUUUCGUUUCACCAACUCGUGAUAAUAUCCUGGACCGACACGUCCUGAUCUCCCAGACCUGUCCUCUGGACUCCUCAAUCCACUUCCUUAACCAGAACAUGAUCGGCGUCAGGGACGAACGGUGCCAGAAGAUCAAGUUCAGGAUCAGCAACUACUUCAUGAACAGCAACAACUAUUUCCUCCACUGCAAAGUUUCCAUGUGCAGCAACAUUAUCACUCCUGAUAUCCCCAGAUGCGCAAGUUUAUAUCAGAUGUGUAAAAGAGACCCACCCGACCCCCGGUCCUCAGAGCCGUACCCCGAGAUUAUAACAGAGUACGAACAACAGUACAUCCUAGCGGGACCCAUAUACCUGCGUAACUUCACCAAUACUUCCGGGGAACCCGGAACUGAUAUCACGAGUGUUCCGGGCGAUGGGCCUUGUAACGAUAUCAUCAACACUUCCCCACGAGGUCGCAGCUCUAUCAGUAUGGGGCUACUCAUCGGCAUCGCCCUCGGCUCCUUCGCACUGGGAAUAAUAGUGACAGUCUUCACGAUACACUGCGUGUCCCUCUCCAAAUCUCGCACCAAAGUGCCCCCCACCGAUGUGUUCAGGUUCGAGAACCGCCAGGUUGAAAACCUUUACGAACCAAGCAAUCACAUGUACGAACCAAUCAAACUGUACGACGUGUGCCCCCAAGGUCACCAUCUUAAUAGGACUACAGAACCGGAACAGUCACAUGAACCGGUGUGAAGCCCCCGCACGCAAUUAGUGCACAAUUAUCACAUGUCCUGGUUAAUUAGAGCAAUUAGUCGAUUAAUCAGAUAAAGAGUUGAGAUGAUAUAAUAGCCCCGUUUUUACGUUAGAUAGAAGGGAUUGAUGUUUCUCCCUCCAUAUUAUCAACCACAAGAAGUGCUUUAGAAAAGCCCCACAGCUCAUCCAGCCCCGGCUCACUGAUACUCAAAUUAUUUGUAUCUAGGGUAAUAAAUCUAGGGUAAGCAAUUUCUAGUAAAUGACCUUGAAUCCCAUGCAUAUGCUGUCCUGCAAAACGCAUAUGCCUUGCAAUUACAUAUAUGUUGCGUAAAUUUAUUACGAAUUUUGCAUUAUGCAAAAUGUUGUUAACAACAACAACCUCGAAUCCUCAGACUCGUAUCGCACGAAAGUCUGUGCCGUACGCCCACCUUCUCCUUCCUAACUUAAAUCCUUUAUUUAUGACGAAUGUAAUUCGUUUGUUGAUAGUGUAGCUGAAAGAGCUUUGAGGUGUGACCUGUGUAUUUAACUGCCUGUUUAUUUCUUAACUAAACCCAUGUUUCGUUUGCUAACCGGAAAGUAUAAUUUCUGUUUAUUCUGUAUAUUUCGAAUAGAUUGAUUUUGUGUGUGUCACAGUGCAGUAUGGCGCUGUUACACCUCCCAAUACCCAUUACCUUGACUUGAAUAGAAUGGUUAUUUGAUUGCUGAAAAUUUUCAUGUUAACUUGAAAAAAAGAAGAAACUGCCGUCAAGUUUUGGCGGAAGUUCGAAACGAUUAGCUUCUUUAGAUAAUCACUAAUAAGUUUUUGCUGUGGUUUUUAAGGUAAUGGGUAUUAGAUUCUUACAGUGAAUCCAUGAUUUUCUAUCAUGAAUAAAAUGGCAACCAGUUUGCGAUGCUUUUAUAGAACGUUACUAUUCUCUGGUCUGCUCUAGAGAGAUGCGAUGUGCUGAUUGAUUAGGAUAACUCCCGGAAGUUGAACUUCCGCGCCUACAUUUCUUCAAAAUUCCUGUAACUGUGUUCGCUCGCAUCUCUUUACAUACUUGUCUAAUAUUUUCUAAGAUCUACAGUUUUGCGUUUUGAUUUCCAUAUAAUGUUUGUUUUUAAUGGUUUUUGACCCUAGUAACAUUGUUCAAAAUCUUACGUUCAUUUCUCGUAGUGGCGUCCUUAAAUAUGCUAAAACACGUACAAGAUCUAAAUGUUUCUUUUGAACUUGACCUAUCUAUGAACUUCAUCCCAAAAUUUCACCAAAAUUCCACCUGAAACUAUAAUUGAAACAAAUUCCAAAAACAGAUACCUCAAAAGAAACAUUUCCUCUUGUCUGAAAUUGAACCUAACACCUGUGUAGAAAUAGUUGACUGUGAUUUGUAUAUAUAAGUACUGUGUACAGCACAUACUAUUAUAUAUUAGGAAAAUGCCAUGAGACCUGAUUUUUGUACCGUUAUAUAUAUAGAGAGAGAGUUCAACCUACUUGUUCUAAAGUUUUGUUAUCUGUAAGCGAAUGAACUUUUAUAUAUGAGUAUGACAUGUUGGACUCGCCCGGGCAGUAUCUUUUACAGUUGCGUGAUUUAUUAAACCCACUUUUUGUUCUUUAAGUAAAAGUUAAAUAGAGCAUGGAGCUCUCGUUCGUUUAUUCGUUUCCUUGAGGAUUAUAGUUUUAGUGAGGGAUAGUAUAUAUUACAAUUGAAAAAGUAAACUUCACAGAAAAAAGGAAGUAUGUGAUUAAAGGAAAUAUAAAUAUAUAACAACAUUAAUUAAAGGGCCAGUGUUACUCAAAGUAGUCCGUUUCUGAAUUCUUUCAUAGAUCUUUCCUCCUGAACUUUUACUGUUUCUCAUUGUUUGGAAGAGAGUUACAAGGUUUACUGCAUCCAAUACAUGCAACGA